AUGAGAUUAUCGAUACGAAAUGAAUGGCUCUCAUUUAUAGCGGCUGGCUGCGCGGCUGCUGGCAAACCGGUUUGGGGCAGUAUUCAGUCUGUGGCAGACUCAGGAUCGAAUGACACCUCGCGUAACAUCAUUGGUGGGGAACCGGCUUUCAAUGGGGAAUUUCCGCAUCACGUGGCAGUCUUCCUGAACUCUGAGUACAAAAGCGGUGGAAUCAUACUUGAUGAGCGACACGUACUACUUACUGCAUACUCUUUCUACUCCAAAAGAAAAGGUCAAGAAAGUGCCGAGGAUUACACCGUCGUGGCUGGUAUGUGGCGCACUGGAAAGCUGGACACGGGGUCACAAGUGCGGGGCGUGGUUGAUUUCAUCACGCACCCGAAGUGGAAUAUUGAGAGUUUCGCCGCGCCCAAUAUGGCCGUUUUGCGAGUGGAUAGCGACUUCACCUUCAACCGAUACGUUCAGCCUGCGACCCUUGUAAAAACACGUGACGAGGAAAGGCGCUUGCGAAAGAUUGGCGACUGUGCCAUGGUAGGCUUUGGUUGCACGAACUAUGAAGAGAAGACGUUCCCGAAAAGACUUCGAAAGAUCGAGGAACUUACCCUUCCAAACUACCAAACGUGCAACGCCUUUGUAGAAAAAUUUGGAGGCAUGUCGACGAAUCAGAUGUGCUCCUACAAUCCUCCGAAGAGCCUGUGCCUGUUAGACGAGGGUGGAGCGUUGGUGUGCCGGAAGCCAAACACGGGCGAUCAAGUGGUUAUUAGUGUGGCCUCCUUUUCUAUUGAUCCACCUCGGGAAUUCGGGUUGACGUAUUAUUCGCGCGUGUAUCGGUUCCGGAAGUGGAUAAAUAGGGUGGUAGUAAGGCUAGAAGAGAGGGCAUAG